AUGCCUCACAAUGACGCCGCUUAUCAUCACGAGGGAAAAGAACACAUGCAGAUUAGCCGGAAGGUGGUGAAACACACGCUGAGGAGGAAACGAAGUGACAGUUAUAAUGGGUCUAUGAGGGAUAUUUAUUCAGAGGAUGGGCAGGCAAAAAAGGGAAAUUGGGGGGAAGAGGAACAUUGCGAGGGAAGUCAAAUGGAGAGCCACACACCUCCGAAGAUGAGCGGGAUUAAUGCAGAACUAAGUAGAGGGAGGUGUCCAUUUCGAAACUCCUACGUCCACGUACUAUAUUUUAAAAAAUUAAAAUUAAAUAAAAAAUUGUUCGAAAAAAUGAAAAACAAAAAUAUAGUCAUAUAUUUAAAGUAUAAAGAAACGACAUGCACAAGUAAAGAUAUUCAAGUCACAGGCUCGGAAAUAGCUAAUUUAUAUUUGAGCUUUCUCAUAACCGAGCCUCUUGUAGAACAUGAAAAACAAAUCAUCAAAAUAUACAUCAAAUAUUUUAAAGACAACAAAUAUAAAAUUCUUUCAUUUGGAUUUGUUGAAUUAAAUUUUCACGAGUUCACGGAAAAAUUUUAUAAAAAAAAAAGCUACAUGUUAUGUUACGACAAAAAUAACAAUAAAUAUAUUUUUGGCUACUUCGUCUUGUUGUUGGCUAAUCAGAUAAAGUGGACCAUAUGCAGCAGGAAAAUCUCUCAUGAAUUCAUUGACAAGUCUUACUUCGUAUGGGACAGAAAUAAUUAUGAUCAUCAGAUUUUUUACAUUUGUAAAAAAAUUCAGAGUUUUCUAUUGCAAUCUGUUCACUCCCCAGGGGAUCCUCAGGGCCAUGCCUUUCAAAAUCGCGCCCUGCUCAAGCAUUUCGGCGUCACGCACAGCUGCCCCGGGACGUUCAGGUGGAGGGAGUCACAGGAGGGGACACCCGCUGGGGGAAGAGCGUCUAACAUAGUGGGUGAAGAAGAAGGGGUAAACUGUGGAGGAAGUGGAAUACAGGAGAAGACAGAAGUUUCUGGUAGUGAGACCCAUCUGAAAAGUGCCCUAUGCGGGUCCUUAACGCGCCUGGGGGAUACGUACCCAAGUGAAGAGAGCGAUAAAGAUGAACAAGAAGGACUAGGCAACCAAGAUGAUAUCAUCAAAAAGAACCCCUCAACAGAAGGUCCAGAAAAAACGGAUACAAAUGACCAUCAGAUGGAAGAGCCGUACGAGUCUAACGAAUUUAACAAGUUUAACGAGUCUAAAACUUCACCCCUCGCAGAAGAUGGUCAUAUAGAAAAUUGUGCCACGGAUGAAGCAGAAACAUGCGUCUCAUAUGCAGCGCUGUAUGAUGCCACCCACUGUUUGGAAAACGUAAUAACGUGUCCUUUCUCUUCAACGGAGGAUGUAGCUCAAACAAUACAAAAAGAGAAUACUUCAAAUUGCGCUGAAAAGAAUAAUGUGGAGAGGACAAAUAUACAUGAGGAAUGCAAAAAUGUAGAAGGCCAUAGCGAUGCGCAUAAACACUCCGAAUUGUCCGAGAAGGACUGGUCUUACUCCGAUGCGGGGGAUGCUUACGAUGAAACGCACAAGAUAGAAGACGACGAGCCGCUGGAGGAGAAUACUUUCGAUUUAAUGCUAUGCAAAAAAGUGGAAAAUAUUCUAAACAACGAUGUAGACCAUUUUGUAGAGGAAGUCCAAUUUAUUCUCACACACUUAAAAAAAAAGAUCAUAAAAACAGGCAAAUUUUUUGAGGGGCAGCUAAAAAAUGAGUACACUGACAUUGAAGUGGUAGCGAAAGAACACGCCCCAGAAAAGGGGGAUAUGAAAAACGAAAAGGAUGAGGAUAUAAAGAAAAAAAAAAUUAGCAUUGCGCAUCUGACAAAUGGUGAAAUACAAAGUGAACAGAACUGUAAUAUAAAAAAGGAUAUACUUAGCAUUUUGCAAAAUUGCGUAAACACCACUUCGCUUUAUAUUAAAUCCGUUUUAAAGGACAAAAAUGUAAGCAAACAGGAGAAGGACAUUUUUGUCGUGUACGAUGAUAUCGUAGAUAAUAUAAAAAAGGCAAUAUCUCAGUUUUUGCUAGAGGACAUAAAAUCACACGAGCAAAAUUUAAAUAUUUCGCGGAUGAAAUCCAUAAAUUUACGAAAAAAGAAAAAAGAAAAAAAAAAUACAAAGAAAAGUCAAUCUGAAUCGCCUAAAAUGUGUGCCCUCGAUAGGGAGAUCGAUGUAUCCUCCGAAAUGAGCAUUAGCGAGGGUUCGAAGGACCAAAAUAAGAGCUACAUCGGGAUACACGUGUCGACGGCCUUCCGAUAUUACCAGGAAAAGUGGAAGCGGAAGUUGUCCGGAGUUCGCACCUACGUCUGA